AUGUCCGCAGAAGCAGAAGACGUCGAAAAGCAGCCCUUGCUAGCUGAGGAGAAGCAGGCCGAGGAAGAUGAGAUCCAGGAAGUGGAUGACUCAAUGUCCUACGAUGCGCGGAAGCUGAUCACCUUUGACGUGCUUCGCGCAGCCACGGGUACGAUCUGGGUGAAGGGAUCCCUCUGGAAGAUGAUGGGUAUGCUGCUGCUCGUUUCCUUGGUCACGGCCGUCGGGGUGUUUGUCUUGGUCGGCCAGCCGGAAAAGCUGGAAACUUCCAAGUACAACAAGCUCACUACCUUCUUGAAGGCUAUCGUGGGUUUGCUUCUUGGUUUCUUCCUCUCUUCAUCCGUGAAUCGCUGGUAUGCCUGCACAUGCGGAUUCCUAGAGCUCUUCACGGCCAUCCGUGGACUCCACAUGCAGUUGGCUGCCAUGGGAGCGCCAAAAGAGCACAUUCACAUGGUGGUUCGCUACGCUGUGGUCUCCGCUUGCAGCCUUCAAUUCUCCCUGCAGAUGCAGACGCUCCCGAGUGAAGAGCGCAAGGCCUUCAAGGAGAAGAAGUGGGCUUCUCUCCUCCACGAGGGAAGCUUGGAUUCGGUGAAGUUGACGAGUGCGACGGUGGCCAGGAUCUACAAGGAAGAGAAGGCAGUCCUGGACGAAGUGGAAGAUCCUUCUCAGACUCUUUGGGUAUGGGUCACCUCCCUGCUGACAAACAUGUCCGCCAAUGGUGAGCUUCCACCAAUCCCCAGCCCGACCUACGGCAAGAUCCUCUCUUGGGCUGACAAGGCCUACAACGGCAUCCGCGAGGUGCAGGCGGCAGUGUGCGUGCAGCCGCCGUACGUGUACGUGCAGAUGAUGGCCAUUCUUGUCAAUGUGAACAACCUCAUGAUUGCUAUAAGCUUUGGCAUGACCCUGGGAGUCGCCAUCAGUUUGGCCAAGCGCGGACAUCACGCAGCCACUCCUGAGGUUAUCUCCAAGGACUUGCAAGAUGUUGCAAUCGCGUUUCUCAUCAGUACAGUCGGACCAUUCCUAUACCAUGCACUGCUCGAAGUGGCGGUGUGCAUCGCGCAGCCCUUUGCAGGCUGUGAGGACGAGGAUGAGAACAUGCCCGGCAGAAUUCCGACCAAGAAGCUUCUGAACAUCCUCAAGAAGGACCUCGCAGACGCUGAGAAGAUGACCUGCAACCUUCCAGCUUGGAAGCAGCCGCAUUUCCAAGCUCCUAAGUGA